AAAUUGAAACCCAGGAAGCGCAAAGCAGAGAGAGAGAGAGAGAGUAGAGAGAGGAAUAGAGGUGUGUGUCAUACUGAGCAUGCUCUUUGUGUUAACUUCCUGCUCUCUUCUUCCUGACAGAAAAGAUCGUUCAGAGAGACCGGCGCUCACCAAGAGCGAGAGGAAGACAGGCAGAGGAGAGGCUCUGAAUACGACUGAAGAGAAUUCAGCCUAAACUGAGGAACUAUCAACAACAGUCAGACUGAACUCAGCUGCGGUGGAUUUUUCUGUUGCCUUUUUUGCCUUUUUCUCUGUUUUUAAGGCGAGUCAUUCAUUGGAACUGACAUUAAUCUUUUUGUUUGACAGUGAGAAUCCCAGUGAUGUCUGACUUCAACAUCUGCUUGGUAAAUGAAAGACUUUGUAAUUUUUCUUCUUUGUGAACCUUUUGACCGCCAAGUUUGGCAGAAACUCUGACUGCCGAAGGGGAAUUUUUUUUCACUUUGAACUUGCGCAAUCUCUUUCAUGUUAAUUUUUUGCUUCUGUGUUAUCUCACUUUAUUUUUAUCUGAUUACUCUUUGUUUAACAUAAGAGGAAGACGGGUUGGUGAUUGACUCAAGUUUCCCUAUCAGGAACUUGAAUAGCAUUUGCAUUCCAGUUUGGCUCUCACAAGGGGACAAAUCCUCCCUUGUGACAGACUGUGUGUUUGUGUAGCUGAGUGUUCCUCUGCGAUACAUUAACUUGUAUCAGGGGACAAUAACGGGCCCUGUGUGUCUCUUCUGGGAAAAUGGGAUCAGAAAAGGACUCAGAGUCACCUCACUCCUCAGUGAGCGGCGUCCCCAACCCUAAGUGCCGUGCGGCGGGCAAACGCCAGGGUCGUAUCUCCUUUCACAGCCUCUUCCACAGCAAACGGGGCUCUCGGGGCACCAGGGGCCCCAAAGCUGGAGCGGCCGCCCCUUUAUCCCAUCAUCAUCACACACAACAACAACUUCUCCCUUCUGCCUUGAGCUCAGCACCUGUCGCAGCCUCUGCUACACCCACAACGACCACCACCACAGCCGCCACGACCCCCCAGGACGCUGCCUCCAGCACCCCCUCAAAGCCACUGUCCUCCAGCCAGCCAUCCCUGGGUGGAGCCCCGUCCUCUGGGGAUGCCAACCUCCUGGAGUGCCCCCUGUGCCUGGUGCGCCAGCCCGCCGAACAGCUCCCUGAGCUGCUGGGGUGCAGCCACCGCUCCUGCCUCUGCUGCCUGCGGCAGUACCUCCGCAUUGAAAUCACAGAGAGUCGAGUCCAGCUCAGCUGCCCCGAGUGUGCUGAGAGACUGGCCCCGCAACAGGUGGCGGACAUCUUGGAUGACGCAGCCCUGCUGGAGAAGUAUGAGGAGUUCCUGCUGCGGAGGUGCCUCGCCUCUGAUCCAGACUGUCGAUGGUGCCCAGCACCUGAUUGCGGGUUUGCCGUCAUCGCCUCGGGCUGUGCCAGCUGUCCCAGGUUGGUGUGUCGCAGAGAAGGCUGCGGCGCUGAGUUCUGCUACCACUGCAAACAGGCCUGGCAUCCCAACCAGACCUGCGACUCGGCCCGCCAACAGAGGGCGCAAUCCCUGCACACCCACAGCAACCACUCGCCCAGCUACACACAGGAGCAUGGACCUGCUGAUGACAUCAAGCCCUGCCCUCGCUGCGGCGCUUACAUCAUCAAGAUGAAUGAUGGGAGCUGCAAUCACAUGACCUGCGCCGUCUGCGGCUGUGAGUUCUGCUGGCUCUGCAUGAAGGAGAUCUCCGACCUGCACUACCUCAGUCCAUCUGGCUGUACGUUCUGGGGGAAGAAACCUUGGAGCAGGAAGAAGAAGAUUUUGUGGCAGCUGGGAACCCUGAUCGGAGCUCCAGUUGGCAUCACCCUCAUCGCAGGCAUCGCUGUUCCCGCCAUGGUCAUCGGCAUCCCCGUUUACGUUGGCCGCAAGAUCCACGCCCACUACGAGCUGAAGAAGUCGUCUCGCCACAGAAGGAACCUCGCCAUCACAGGAGGCGUGGCCCUGUCGAUCAUCACCGCCCCGGUCAUCGCGGCUGUCAGCGUCGGUAUCGGUGUGCCCAUCAUGUUGGCCUACGUGUACGGCGUGGUGCCCAUUUCUCUGUGUCGAGGUGGAGGUUGUGGUGUCAGCAGAGGGAAGGGACGAGGUGUACGGAUUGACUUUGAUGAGGACGAUGGUCCAAUCACAGUGGCCGACGCGUGGCGAGCCCUUAAGUCCCCGAGCCUCGGUGAGAGCAGUCUGGACGGGGCAGUCAGUGGUCUGAGUACCACGUCCCCCAGCGAGGGUCUCUCUGUGGCCCCUGGGACUCUGGGUGACACACCCCACUUUAACACUCUGGCAGGCGGCGCCCUGGGAACCCGCACCAGCAAGUACAGCAGGCUGGAGGUGCAGGCAGGGGAGCUGGCUAAAGAGUCAGCCCAGAGGGAGACGGGCAGUCUGGGAGCAGGGAGCGACUGUGCCAGCACCCGCGGAAUGGCCGGAUCCAUCAUCUCGUCCUACACACUACCUGACAGGGAGUGCACCAACCUGGAGAUCCAGGUGGACAUCGAGACCAAACCCAGCCAUCUCUGCCUGACCAGCGAAGAGGACCUAACCCCGCCCCCAGGCUCUGCUGCUAUGGCAACUGUCUCAGGAGGGGAGGAGCCUCAGGACUGCAGCUCCAGAAGGGGCGGGGCUUUGUCUGGCUCAGCACUGGGGCUGUCACCGGGAGCGUCAAUCAGGGAGGGGCUCCGAGAUGUGACCCUGGCUCAACCGGAGAGCAUCCGCAGUGACCUGGAGAUGUCAGACACUCAAUCAGACGACAUCGCAGAGCUGACGUCGGACGACUGUGACUCUCCUCACCCGAAAAGCUGUCACCUGGCCGCCGGCCAGCAGCCCCAGCCCCCCUCCUGCCGAGCCCUGAACCCCCCCGAAGGCCUUCACUGUCCCGCAGACAGCAAUGUCAUCCUCUACGUCUGAAAGAACAGCAGCUCUCAGAUUUGCACAAAAAAAACUAACCAAUCCCCCAAAAGUUUCGUUUGAGCUUUCCUUUACUUCAUUGCUGUUUUUUUUUCCUUUUGUCAUUUCUCGUUUGCUGCUUCUGCGACUCACAGACACCGUCUUAAACACAGACAGCGUUUGUUUACUUUUGUCUGUCUGUCUUAUCUAUCUACCUGUCAAUCUCCUCACUGAGUAAAUUGUCAGGGUUCUACCUCUGAGAUUUAUAAGAUGAUGAUUUAUGUUUACUCCUUGGUGCAAAAUGCCUUGGCUA